AUGAAACAGCCAGCCGAUGUGUUUCGAGAUAAUAGUUCGAUCGACCAUGAAUCAGCAUUUUCUGUGGCAUCAAUAAACUCAGUAAAGAAGCCCACGAACAGCAACAGAGUGGAGAAGAAGCCGAGAAGGCCAAGAGCAAAGAAGGCGAAUAAGCUUUCGGAGGAUCAGGUAAGAUUGAACCAUGUGUCAUCAGAAAAGAAGAGAAGAGAGAUAGUGAGAGCGACUUAUGAUGAAAUGGUCAAUCUAGUCCCUGAUUUACAGAAGGACGAAAGCAGAUCCGAGUUAGUUAUCUAUUUGAAGACUAUAAAAUACAUUAAAUGGCUUCGGAAAAGAAAUGAAUUGCUGUACACUAGGCUACGAGAGAAGACGAAAGAUGAUCAAAAUUUUGAAGUACCGAAAAACCUAAUUUGGAAAGCAAGUACAACGGAAGAGAAUGGCCAGGCACAACAGGACUAA